AUGCCCAGGCCUAGUGGCAAACUCAAUCACAUAGAGCGGAACCCCCAAUACCGAAGUCUCGCUCAAAGUGUAAAUCCUGCUGAUAUUCGGACACCUCAAGUUGACCUCCUGCAGCACACGAAUGAUCCAUUACAAACUAAUGGAACAACAGCUCUUUCUGUUCUCCUACAGAUUGCUCUAGCCACAUGUAAAGAAGCACUUGCUACUCCACCACCUGGAAUGACAUACUGCUCAGGAGGAGAUAAAAUGAAUUCUCGGAACAAUCGGAAAAAGUGGGAUAAGAAGUCAAUGUUGGUUGCAGUAAACGCUGUUACAAAUAAUAAAAUGGCGUAUCUGAAAGCAUCCAAACUAUUUAAUUCCCACAUUCCAAGACAACGUGAAGCAACACCUCCACCUUCAACAGAGAAUGACAACACUCCUCAUCCAGGACAAAUUACUCCAUCACACAGGGUCUACAUAAGCCCUGAAAACAUAAUUCCACUACCAUCUGUCAGUGGAGUAUGUAAAACUGUCUCAAAUAAUAAGCCCAGAACAGGGCAGCAAAAUUAA